CUUCUGCAGUUUAAAGCUGUGAGCUGGGAUUCCUGGGGUCUGCUGUGAGGCACUGGCAGCAGUUUGGGAGGAGAGGGCACAGCCCGAGGGGGUUUCCAAUCCUCGGGGUUUCCUGCUUGAGGGAGCACUCAGGGAUGAAGGAUUGGUUGGGACCUAAAACAGUCAAGAACGGAGAUCAAAUUGUGGUGGUUUUGCCUCCCCUGGUAAAUUCCAGCACUUUUGGGAAACAGCUGAGCUCCUUUCACUGAGGACGUUGCUUUUGCUGGCAGGUUGGAGCUGACUCCUGCUGAUUCCUCCUCUGGAAGGGCCGAUCGAAGGCCAGCAGCAGCAGAUGAGCCUGUAGAGCUGGAAGCAGAGCUGCGGGAAGCCACAGAGGCAUGGCAGAGAGCUGCCCUCCCUCCCCUGGGCCCCGGCAGGGAUGCAGGCAGGAGCGAGCCCCCAGGGCCAAGAGGCUCUCGGAUUGCAGCGCGCAGCUGCAGGCCCUGCAGGCGGCCAAGAAAGCCUGCGUGCUGAGCCGCGACUGCAGCACUCCAAAGCCGGCAGGACACCCUCUGCUCCCUUCCCCGGGCUCUGCCUGCUCCCUUUUCCUGGAUGAGAGCGGGCAGGACGAGCUCGGGGCCGGUUUUUGUGUCCCCAAGUACGACGACGUGGCCAUUUCCCUGGACGUCAGCAGGUGCUUCGACGACAGCGAGCUGGACGAUUCCCUGCUGGAGCUGUCGGGCAGCGAGAAAGGGAAUUCUCCCUUCGAUUACACCGAGGAAGAGAUCCAGGAAAUCUUGGCAGAUGAUUCCACGGAAGCUGAGCAGCAGCAGCAGCACCUCGCUGGUGGAAGCCACCCGAGCCAAAGCGAGAGUGGGAAGAGCGAGCAGGCCCAGAGCGGCGGCUGCACCGCGGGGACGUCGCUCAGCGAGGCGGCCUCAGAGGUCACACAGCCAGCAAAGCAACCCCAGGAGCAUCCCUCUGGGUGUGCUCCUGGCUCUUUGAGCGGCGCUGCUGCUCUGGAUGGGGCUCAGAGGCUGCAGCAGGAGCUGGACCUUGACCUGCAGGAGCUGCUGAGCCUGAGCCCGUUCGCCGCCGCCUGCGCCGAAGAGGCUCUGGAGGAAAACAACCUGGAAAGAGAAGCUUUGGAUGCCAUGAUAGAUGAUUGCUUGGGGUAUUCCACCGCUGCUGGGAGCUGCGUUCCUGAAAAAUCCUCUGAAAGGGUGGUGGCUAAAGGGCAGGAAAGCCUGGCUCAGGAUUGCCCGGGAAAAUCCGUGCCCUCAUCCGGCCAGAGCACAGGGGAUGAGAGUCCAGCAUCUGCGUUGCCGCCCAAAAAAGAACUUCCCAAAGCACCAACGAGCUGUUUGUCAAGGAAAUCAGGCUCUCCAGAGGAUGCUGAAGGGGAAUCCAGAAGAGCUGAGCAGGCACCAGGCAGCACUAAAUUAAGGGACACAGCUGUAGGCCAGAGUGGGCAGGAAGAGCCACCCAGUGGGAAGAAAAGUGGCAAAGUAAUUCCUGUCCCACAGGAGAAGGAAGAAAGGCCAAAACAACGGAGCUGCAUUUCAGAAGCACAGCCUGAGCAAAAGAGACGUUUCUCUCCAGGCUGUGCCAAUCCAAGUGAGGAAAAGUGUGGCUAUUACCUCAGAGUCCGAAAUCUCCCAUCCCCCAGACCUGUGUGUCCCAGCCCUCCCCGAUUCCGCCGCACCUGGGGCCCUUUUGGCAGGAGCAGGUCAGAACCUCCGCUUUUCACCAAGAAAUCCUGAGCCCUGGAGAUGAUCCUUCAUCCCUUCCCCGUGCUGAGGACCCCUCCCAGCCUUCCAUUAAAUGUUUUCCUCGUUAUUGUUGGACUUUAAUUGGAGAGAGAGGAGCCCCACACAUGCUUUACAGCUCGUCCCUGGCUUCACCGUGAGGAAGAGGAGGCCCCCCUGCUUCCCUGUGAGUUGGAUUCCCUGUGGGAGCUGUGGCGUGGAUGGGAGGGGUGAGGAAAAGAGCAGGGAGAAGGUUUGUUCCAUCCACCGUCACCUGGGAAUGGGGAGGAUGCUGAAUAUUGGGGUGUCCAAACCUUGGGGUGUCCGGUAGGAUCAGGGAGGUACCCAGGCCACAAAGGCAUCACUGAAGGGAAGGAGGAACCUGUGGGAAUGUCGCAUCCUUGGGGUCACCUCAGGCCAGCCAAGUCCAGGCCACAGGUCUGGAAUUAAAGUGUAUUUUAUGGAUUUAUCUCUUCAUCCAAGGGGUCCCCAAAACCCCCUGAAUUCACCUCUCCCGUGGAGGUGCUUGGAAUUGCAUCCUUCCCGAGGCUGUGCUGUAUUCCCAGCCUUUCCCAAUCCACUCAGCUCCUCUCCCAAGCAGCUCCUUCCCUGCUGGGAAGGGCUUGAGCUGCCUCAAAGCCCCAGGGACACGGUCUGGGGAGCUGAGGCUCUGAAGCAGCUCAUUCCCUGCUUUCCAGCUGCCCCUUCCUGCAGCAAGCAGUGAACCCCAGCCUUAAUUCCCUGCUUUCUGCACCACAACCUUCUCUGGAGAUGCGGGAGAUGAAAGGACACGACCUGAAAGGAGCAUCCCUAAAAUCCUUGUGUGAUGUUUUCUGCCCAUUCCCCAAAUGUGGAUUCACACGGAGCUGCUUUUGCUGCUGCUCUGAGCUCUCCCAGCAUGGAUCCCAUCCGUGGCUGUAAUUGCUUGUGGGUUUUAUGGGGUGUGUGGGAAGGGCUGGCGCAUUGCUCAGCAUUCCCAAAGGUUUUAAUGAAGGGAGCCCCAGGGGAAUGUGUGGGAGCAGGGAUCAUUCCUGCCCCCAGCCCCGCGGGAAGCAGAGCUGCUUGCUAAGAUCCAGAGAUUUCAAAGAGCAGAGAGGCCAACUGGUGGUUCUUCGGCUGGGAAAGAGGCAAUUAUUCCCUGCUGACCUCUCACUUCCCUAUAAAAAUGGGAUAUUAAUAGGCCACCAGCCCCCUCCUGCCCAGCCCUUGGCUCUGUGGCUGAUUCCCCAGGGAGCAGCUGCCCAAACGUGCUGGAAAUGCUGCCAGGAGCGUGGAGCCUUUUCAGGGAGCACGGAGACUGUGGCCAGCCAACCGUUGGGAAUUCCUUGGGGCUGAAGGAAGGAAUAUUUCUACCCUGGAAAGUCCAGGCAGGAUUCUCUCAGAUCUUCCCAAUGCCACGGUUUGGGUUUAAGUGCUGCCAACUCAGAGCAGAGUCGUUCCCAUCGUGGCGUGUUUUAUCCAGGAUCUAAAUAUCCACGGAGAACUGGGUACCACAGGCUUUUCCAGCUCCUCUUAUCCCACACCUCUGCAGUAUCAGAGCAAUCAGAGGGGGUGAGGAAGCCUGGGAAUUUCCUGGGCAGUGCUGGAUGCUGACACCAGACCUCUCCCAGGAUUUUGCUGCCUGCUCCCAGCCCAGCUCUGCUCUCGUAUCCCACUUUUUACUGCAGGCAGAAAGGUUUGCAGCUUCAUUGCUCAAUACAUUCCUGCUUUUAACUGAAUUAUACUCGACCCAGGCCCUAAUUCAGCCUUUGGGCACUUCAUGAACCAGCAAGAGUUUGUUUAGCAAUGAACAUCCAAAGGGUGAGGAUGGAUCCAGGAGCAGCACGUGGAUGGCACUGCCACGGAGUGCGUGCCUAAUCACUGCCAGCACAUCUCUCUGGGAGGAAUCUCCCUUUCCCACAAGCAGAUUGCCAGCAGGACGCAGUGUUUGGAAGAGGAUGGCUCAACCUUGGCUGCCUCUCACAGCACCAUCCCUGCUGAGAGCCUGACACCGGGGUGAGGAACCUCCACAUCCCAAUUAAAUCCCUCCCACGCCGAGCCAGGAAUCAAUAAAGUGCUUCGCCAGGCAGGAAUCUCCCCGGCCUCUGGGAUGGAGGGAGAGGCCUGCAAUGGGCUGGUUUGUUGUUUCCAAAUUGCUGAGAGACCUUUUGCUGCUCUCAUGAGCCUGCUGAGCUUGCUGCUCACCCUGAUCCACGGGUGAUCCCAGCUCCCCGGGCUCGGGGGAGCUCAUCCAGCUCGGACAAGCUGGGGAUCGGCACCUGGACUCACAUUGGUGCCUUUGCUUUGCUCUCCUUCUCCCCACGAGGCCGGGGGGCUGCCUAGGGAGGGGGUGAGGCUGGUUUGAAGCAGCUCAGGGGGUGAGGACACGCUUCAGAAUCCAGCCAGGGGGGUUUGGCACCUUUUUGGGCAGCUGAGGUGGGGGAGCUGUGAAGGGGCUCCUCAAACUGGAGCUUGUCCAGCUCCCGAGGGCUGGCCCAGAGCUGUGCUGGCAGGGGACGUUUUACCUGAGCUGUGUCACCUCUGCUCUCCAUCUCACAAAAAUAAACCUGACCUGAGCUGCUCUACGGGCUGGCACCUCACGGUGAGGCUGUUUGCAAGUCACAAAGGCUCUUGUGGCCUAUUUUGGGGUCUUCCACCAUCACCCCACUGCUCUUUGAGCCUCAGCAGUGCCCCGAGCCCAGCCCAGCUCCCCUCUCUUCAUUAGCUCAGCCUAACGAGGAGAGGACUGCUGGCAGAGCAGGGGCAAAAUGAAAUCCUAUUCCUGACUUGCCAACCACCCUGAGUGUUUCCUCAGGGACCUUCUGGAGCAGUGGGAGUGAUGGGAGGGCAUCACCCACCCAGGUGGGAUUUGGGGUUGCCAAGGAGCAUUGGUGUGAAGAUUAUUUCUCAACCACCUCGUCCUCCUGCUCCCACUUGCCCUCCUCACUCACCUUGGCAUCACCUUGGCAAAAAAUGGUCCUGCCUGGCCAAAAUCCCUGAAUUCAGAGCAGGGCCUGUGCUCCGUGCCACUCACCAGCCCUUGCCCUGGCAUUGCCAGGGGGGAAUUUGCACCAGUCCCUCCUGGGAAUGACAGCUUUAAUCUCUCAUGACAGGAAUGAUUUUAAACCCACUCACACAAGCUCUGGGUCCAAAGGGGGCAGACCCUGGAGCCUCCAUCCCUGCCUGGGAAUGAUUUCCUCCCCGUGGGCUUUUCCAAUGACUCUCACUUCCCUAUAAAAGUGGGAUAUUAAUAGACCAGCCCCCUCCUGCCAUGGCUUGGCUCUGUGCUGAUUCCCCGGGGAGCAGCUGCCCAAACGUGCUGGAAACGCUGCCAGGAGUGCCAAGGCUUGCGUGCCUUGGUGGCCUUGUGGCCACAUCCUCGGCAGGGCUGGGGACACGGAGCUGGUGGUGACGCUGCUGCUGCCUCUGUGUGACCUUGGGAAAAUCACUCUGUGCCCUCAUCCCUGUGUUCCUGCUCUGGAAAACAGGGCCAGCACAAACCCUCUGCCUCUCCUGGGUGCAGGGAGAGCCUGUCAGGACCCUUGGCACGGGUGGCACAGGAGGAGGAGGCAGUGGGGCGUGCGUGGCACCACCCCAAAGUCACAGAGCUCACCGUGAGCUCCUGGGAAGGUGGCACAGGCACCUCCCGGCCCAGGCAGGAGCAGGAGGUGGGUAUGGGCAGGGACACAACUCCCUGUUUACUCUGGGAUGCCAAGCGAGGUGAUCCAAGGAUAAGGAAGAGCAGGGAAGUGGCCCAGUUUACAGAAACCCCGAGUGCUGUCACAACUGCAGACGCCUCCAUUGUGCCGUGGUGUUUUCCUCAUGGCUCCCUCGUUCCCUUUGGGAAUAUUUCAUUGAUCUCCCCGGGUCUGGCACUUGUGAAACAGCAACUUCAGGAGCCGAUGCCUGGCCAAGGAUGGGUGGCAGAGCUGAAGGCAUCUGGGGCUUGCUGCAGCCCAAAAUGUAACUCCAGCAACUCCCAGGGAUGGCUGGAGAGAAGGAAUUUCCACUCCCUGGAGCUCUGCAUCCCUAAUAAUCACCCCCAGGCUCCUGGAAUGCAAGAUAUCCUGGCAAUCAGCAGGCUGCAAAUCAAAGCAGCUGUUCCACCAACAUCCUGCAGCCAGCCAAGGAGACAGCCCUCGGCUGGUUUGGGCUGGGGAGCUCCACCAGCACUGCCCACUUUACACCCACACGGUGACUGCUGGGGCCGGUGAAGGCAAGAGUGGACUUGGGUCCAUCCUGGUAGCUCCAAAAUGAGCUCCAGCUCAAGGGACUACUGCCUUCCCAAAGAUCCCCCACUCCAGGGGAGCUGCUCAGCUCGGAGGGGCCUGGCUUUUGUGGCCGGGAUGUGCAGUGCCCCUGGAGAGGGGGUUCCUCUGGGGCUGCUGGGGUUCCUCUGGGGCCACCGGGGUUCCUCUGGGGCCACGGUGCUUCGCCAGCGUUCACAGAGCUCCCAGCAGAGCCCUGCUGGGCCCUGGACAGCCGGGCAGGGGCACAGGCAGAGCAGAGCUGGCUUUGCCCCCUCCACUCCGGUUCAGCCCUGUGACACGAACCGGGGCCGCUGCUCAGGUGCCCAAAACCUCCCCCUGCUCCUGCCCAGCGCAGGGCGAGGGGCUCCGCUCCCUCUCCCCGUUUCCACAGCUCCCUCCCCGGGGAUGCCGGGCUGCGAGCGCCCGGCGCUGCCCGUGCCCGGUGCCGCGGGGCUGCGCGUCCCAAAUCGCCGCCUCUCCCGCACCCAAUUCCCGGCAAAGUCCCCCCAAACUCCGUCCCCUCGGCGCAGCCCUGUCCGCUCACUGUGCUCCCCUCCGGGGGUCUCUCCUGGCCCCGAACCCCCUCCCCACAGCCCGGCAGCCGCUCCCGGGGCCCGGCCG